GGACGUCGCUCUCGCGCACACCGCAGCGGAACUCUUCGGAACACUUUUUAUUUUUAUAUUUUUAUUCUUAUUUUCAUGCAUAUUUGACUCCGGGACGUACAGGAGCGGGACAUGUCCGAGGAGCAUUACCUGGAGCUGAGCGACAGCCCCGUCACCUUUGAACACGCGUCCAGCGUCAACAACGUUUUCUUCGAUGAGGCCAACAAACAGGUGUUCGCCGUGCGCUCGGGCGGAGCUACAGGCGUCGUGGUCAAAGGUCCUGAUGACAAGAGCAGCGUGGCCUUCAGGAUGGAGGACAAAGGGGAGGUCAAGUGCAUCAAGUUUUCUCUUGGAAACAAGAUCCUGGCCGUUCAGAGGACCUGCAAGUCUGUGGAUUUCAUCAACUUCAUUCCGGAUUAUCCACACACAGAGUUUUCUCAGGAGUGUAAGACGAAGAACGCCAGUGUUCUGGGAUUCUGCUGGACAAACUGGAACGAGGUUGUGUUUGUCACAGAUCAGGGCAUCGAGUAUUACCAGGUGUUUCCGGACAGACGCAGUCUGAAGCUGCUCAAGUCUCAGAGUAUAAAUGUGAACUGGUUUCAGUAUUGUCCUGAGACGUCUGUGAUUCUGCUCUCCUCCACCGUCCAGGGAAAUGUACUACAACCACUCAGCUUCAGGACCGGGACGAUGUCUAAAAUGUCCAAGUUUGAGAUCGAGCUUCCUGUCGUCCCCAAACCCGCCAAGCUCAGCCUGUCCGAGAGAGACGUCACCAUGACAACCAUUUAUGGGCAGUUGUAUGUGAUGUACCUGAAGCAUCACUCUCGCUCGGCCAACAGCCCCAGUGCAGAAGUCGUCCUCUAUCACCUGCCCAGGGAGGGUCAGUGUAAAAAGUCUCACGUUCUGAAGUUAAACACGACGGGGAAAUUCGCUCUGAACGUCGUCGACAACCUGGUGGUCGUCACACACCGAAGUUCCAGAACGUCUUUGAUUUUCGACAUAAAACUGAAGGAGCCGGACUGUCCCGUCACACACCAACCUGUGCUGCCUGCGCGCUCCAUCGCCCCCUACAGGCUCCCCCUGUCCGGUCCUUCAGUGGUGCCGUCACAACCUCCUGUGCCCUGCCAGCUCUACUCUUCUUCGUGGAGCGUGUUUCAGCCCGACAUCAUCAUCAGCGCCAGUGAAGGUUACCUGUGGUACCUGGAGGUUCGUCUGCCGCCCACUGUGCACCUGCUGCAGGACAAAGGAAAACUGAUGGACUUCCUCCUGAGACGCAGAGACUGUAAACCAGUUAUUCUGUCUGUGUGUCAACAGAUUCUGGAGUGUGCAGACAGGGGGAGUCUUCCUGUCGUGGCCACAGUGUUUGACAAACUCAACCAGGUGUAUAAGGAAUAUCUGGAGGCGGAGCAAAGCUACGCUCAGGCGAUGGAGUCGGGGGCGAGAGGAGGAAGCGCGGCUCAGAAGCGUCCAAUCAGGACUCAGGCUGUGAUCGACCAGUCGGACAUGUACACACACGUGCUGUCGGCGUUCACCGAGAAGAAGGACGUGUGUCAUAAAUUCACCAUCGCUGUUCUCAUGGAGUAUAUCCGCUCCCUGAACCAGAGCCAGAUCACCGUCCAGCAUUAUCUGUAUGAGUUGGUGAUCAAGACUCUGGUCCAGCACGAGCUCUUCUACAUGUUACACCAGUUUCUCCAAUACCACGUCCUCAGUGACUCCAAACCCCUGGCGUGUUUACUUCUGUCUCUGGAGAGCACCUACCCCCCCGCACACCAACUCUCUCUGGACAUGCUCAAGCGUUUGUCGACGGCGAACGACGAGAUCGUGGAGGUUCUUCUGUCCAAACAGCAGGUUCUGGGCGCGCUCAGAUUCAUCCGCUCUGUCGGAGGUUAUGAUAACAUCUCGGCUCGUAAGUUCCUGGACGCUGCUCUUCAGACUGGAGAUCAGAUGUUGUUCUUCACCGUCUUCAGAUCGUUUCAACAACGAAACCAACGACUGCGAGGAAACCCACUCUUCAACCAGGGUGAACACUGUGAGGAACAUGUGACACAUUUUAAGAAACUUUUUGGAGAACAAGCUUUAAUGAAACCAGCAACUGUCUGAUACUUCUACUGCAGUACUUCUACUGCAGUACUACUACUACGACUACUACUACUACUACAGUAUUACUACAGUACUACUACAGUACUACAGAUCUGCAGUUGUACAAAUCCCUGUUGGACCAAAACUUUGUCAGAAUCGUGUUUCUGUCACAAAAUGAACUUUGUGUUUUUAUUGUAAAUAUGUAAAAAAUAAAAUAAUUAUUGUGAAUAAAA